AUGGAGUGGGUGAUGGUGAAAAGCGGUAAGUCGAAAACACUGAGAGGCAUGUUCGUGGAAGCUGACUUGACACCUCAACAGGCCCCUCCCAGGGCGCGCUCCCAACCCCCCAAGCUCAAGGGAACCUACGCUUCCGAGGAGAUCAUGCGCGGUAGAACGCUCACUCGCGAGACCGACGAGGCCCGUGAGAAGAGUGGCAAGUCUCGAACGAGUGAUGCCACAGAGCGAGCCCAAGGGCGUCGCCCUUUCCCGGCGCGCUUGAUCAGUGAUGGCGAAGGUACUGAGCAUCGCAUUGAGCGAGCCGGCGACGUCAUGGUCGCCGCUCGUCGCUCUGUCUAG